AACUUAAUGAUAAAUAUGUUUUUUUCCAACAGCGUAAUAUGCUUAGAGCAACAGAAAACCCUGUACGUUCCUGUGCCACGUCUACAGAACGGGUUCCUGAACCGCCUGGAGCUGCCCGAGGGAGAGACAGGCCCCGCCGCCAUCAGGAAGGCAGUCUCGCGCAACGGAAUGGAGACUUAUGGCAAACCUAUUGGCAUAGAAGAUUCCGUUACACUUGACUUGGUCGUGAUGGGCUCUGUGGCUGUCUCCAAGGAGGGAUAUCGCAUUGGCAAAGGCAGAGGUUACGGCGACCUGGAGUUCGGUCUGAUGAUGCACAUGAAGGCGAUCAAGUCGGACACGAUAGUCGCUACCACUGUGCACGACUGCCAAGUGUUCGACACACUGCCCGCCGAGCUGUUCGGCCCACACGACGUUCCCAUAGAUAUUAUCAUCACACCGACACAGGUGAUCGAGACGCAGCGUAUGAGCCAGCGGCCUGUUGGUAUCCUGUGGCACUUGCUGUCCAACCGACGAGUGCAGCUGAUGCCCGUGCUGGGACAGCUGCGCGAGAUCGAAAUGCUCGCGGGCCGCGCGUGCACGCUGCAGGAGCUGGACACGGACGUGGACGAGCGCGCCGCCACGCGCACUCGCCGGCUGCGCAGGCGCACGCGCUCGCACAAAAGCCACAGCGAGGGAGAGGGCAACACAACUGAAGGCGAGGAGGGCAAGACCCCAGGCAAACCGCGGCGGUCGGCUCGCCGCCGCAACAGCAACAAGAGCGCCGGCAAGGAGCCCAAGGAGGGUAAGGAGGGGGAAACCAAACCGCGCCGCCCCCGCCGACAGCGGCCCGUCAUCGACUUUUCGGUUAAGAUAUCUAACAUCAGUCCGAACACACGAGUACGAGACCUAAAGCAAGCUUUGUCCGAGCGCGGUGUUAAACCACAGAUCAUGGUGUGGAAGGGAUUCCGCGGUUUCUGUUAUUUACAUUUCUUCAAGCCCAGCCCGCAGAAGGGUGAAGGCGACACGGGCGCCCCGGCGGCGGCCAGCAUGGACAGCGUGCUGGCGGCGCUGGCGCAGAUGUCGCUGGGCGGCUCGGGCGGCAGCGCGCCCGACGGCGCCGCCGACGCGCCCGACAAGCCGCGCCUGCUGUGCGUCGAGCCCGCGCCGCCCCGCCAGCCGCAGCCCGCCGCUGAGGUCCAUUGACUCAAUCACGCCGAGACGGUCGAAGCUAACCAACAUUAAAACAUUUUCAUAACGAAUGCAUUAUUUUACGAAUCACGCAUAACGUUGCUCGCUUGGUUGCACACGGACGGACGGGUCUCCUGUCGCAUUCCGACACUUAUUAUUUAGCAUUAAGGUUGAUUUUUCCUUGUGCCGGCCCGUGUUGGUUGUACGCGCGUUGCUUUAACUGCGGUUUUUAUUCUUCACUAGGCUGAGGCCCGCACCUGUUCCAAAUGGUUUUCCUUGCAUUUUUAGUUAUCUCUGUCUUAAAUAAGUAGUAAAAAUGUAAAAAUUUUAUAUUUUAAUAGCAAUAUUGACAGGACUGCCACUAUUUUACUGAUUAAUUUAGGGUUUCUAGAAAUAAAAUACGAAUUAAAUUCCACACAAGCUUUACUCAAAGGAUAAGCAUGUAGAUAGCAUUUCUGUUAGUCCGUGAGACGCAACGCGCAGUCGACCGAGGCGUGAGCAAUGUCGAUUUUAGUUGUGAAGCCGUUAUUUUAGUUUGUACGCGGGCCGGCGCUGCGAGAGUGAGCUAUACACGAAAACAGGAAUAUAUUUAUGAAUGUUUAGUUGUUCUCUAGUCUAAAGGUAGCAUGUAAUAAAGUAUCUGAUGUAACAUACGAUUCCUUGUUUUGACGCAGAUACAUUUAUUAAGCAUUCUUCCAUAUUAUCGUAACGAGAAA